AAACAAUCAACAACCAUAACAAUAACAACACUAGUCAAUUAUUUGACUACUGUUGAUGACUUUGAUUAUUAGUAGUUAUUGUUUACUAGACAGUCCUACACUAAUCUACUCCUUCUCCUCCUCCUCCUCGUCAUCGCGCGUCGUCUGACCGCUUUUUUCCCUUUCUCCUCAUUCACUUCUUCCCCGCCCUGCUCUUCCCCGGGUUUCUGUCUACCUUCCUGUUGCCUAUGUUCUUCGGAUCAGGAACGUCCUGUUGACAGAAAAAGUUAAGGUCGACUGGCCCUGUAGCUCAGGCUAACUCUGCUCGCAACAAAAAACAGAGUGCGAAGGCUGCGCGUGCGAAGUGACGGCGCGAAAGCCGAUGGAUGCGUGAGCAAGUGAAUGCAGCAGGGAUGACCGAUCACAUCCUCGGACACUGCGUGGUCGAGACGUCGACGGACAACCGCACGGCCGCAACGGGAGUGGACGCGCUCGAGACCGAUCGUCAACUCGAACAAUCGCUGCAGACCAUGUGCGCCAACCGCCACCACGAGGCUCACCGGAAGUCUCCCCGUCGCAAGCAUGUGCGCACCAUCAAUGACUCCACCGAUGAAGAAUCCGAGCCUUCUUCCGACGAUUCCGGUCGCUUUGACGAUGCCGAAGAGUCCAACUACCCCUCCCGAGCGCAGAGCAGACCUCCGUCCGUGCACUCGGCCAAAAGACGCCGGUCUAAUGAGUGGCCUUUGCAAGUUGCCGAUGGCGAGGCAGCCGCGAUAGCACAGGACGACAACGAUCGUAACGACAACGAUACUAAUGAUAAUGCUCAUGAGGCUGUGAGCAAUGGCGGCAAGACGGGAGGGCUUCGAAAGCCGUUUCAGACUGCAGCGGGUAGAAAUUCUCCGCGGACGUCGUUGGGAUCUGGCCGCUUCAGCCGUCAGAGCGGGUCGUCUGUUCGGGGUCGACGAUCGCGGUUCGUCGAGGGAACUAUGAGUGAUAGUGUGAGCGAGAAGCCACCGAGUAUCUUCCUGCGCGACGAUGCACGGCACAGUGGGAGUGGCACCGGGCAGCAGCGUGGAUCUGGUAUCUUCCGGUUUGGAAAGGCGAUCGCGUCCGCAUUCAAUCCCUUUGGUGUUUGGGGGUGGAAGGGCAAUGCUGAGGCGAACAAGCAGCCGGAAGACCCGCUGGCUCAGGCCGAGCGAGCCUAUGCUGAGCUCAAGCGAUCCGGCUACAAGGGGACGGUCAAGGGCAGCUACAUACGGAGCCUGGACGGUGAGUCUGGAAUUCCUCCGAAGUCCUGGAAUCCCAUCCCAGAGCCCACGACUUACCGGCCCCUGGCGUAUCAUUCGCGACAGAACUCCGGGGAAGGAAUCGAGUCCGGCGGCUCCAUCCGGUCCUCGUUUCAGGAGCUGCGUAAGGCCAAGUCAUCCUUGGGAAUUCCCUACAUCAAACGCUUGGACUCAAACAAGCUUUCCUCCGAGGAACAGCCAGAGGGGGCGGAAGUGCGACGACAGAAGUCACGCAAAGAGCUCCAGCGACAGGCCAAGCUGAUGAAGCGCGUAAGUGACCUGGAACUCAAAUUACACCGGGCCCGUCAGGAAUUACGCGACUUGGUGGGUGAGGAAGAAGAGGCACAGGCAUCGACAGCCUUUCUCGACAAACCAUACUCCCGCAGAUUUGUCCCCGGGGCGCUUCCCUCGCUGCCAUCCGAGCGGUUACUGCACAAUACCAGCCAGCCAACGUCUCCAAUCUCCCCACGAGCCGUGUCGACACCUUUAAUCUCCCUGCUGGAACAUGCUCAGCAAAUCGAACCUGCUGAAGUGCAGCAGAAAUUCACACCAUACAAGCCAACACACAGUACACCGCAGCAACAGGAUGGUAGGACACCACGAACACCCAAGGAGCCCCCAUCCCAAUCGUCUUUGACCGCAGACAGUCCCACACUCAAACGCAAGUCACCGGAUCCUGCAUCAGUGAAAACGUCCCAGCACGAAUCCGACGACCGUCGCCCCUACCACGGAUUAAACAGUACACCCACUCCCCGUAAGCCCAAGCUUCCCAAAAUGGGCCCCGGCGACAGCCCCGGCUCCGUUGAGCGUAAGCAUACGGCCACUGGUCGUUCUCCCAAUACCGCAAGUGAGGAGCGCGGUCGUCGACGCUCCACACCUCUCCGAUCAUCGCCCAACAUCCCCCGGUCUCCUUCAACAACAGCGGCGCGCAGACGCGCCUCAAACUCCCGAACUCGUGCCACCCUGCCCCAGCCCAGCCUGCGCAUGAAAAAGGGUCGUCCCGAUCUCCGGUCCGCCAGUGCAGGCGAAGGUCUACUGCUGCCCACUGCGAAUGCGGGGGAUAACCAUGACAAGGAGAAUCAGGAUGCGCAGCAGCUGCAGCUAUACAGCAGUAGCACGGCGCUAAUCAAGUCCCAUGACUCUGACGAGAUGUUCAUCACCACGGCGUUGACUUCCGGGGAAUUCCCGACAAGCCCCAGCCCGAGCUCGUCUCCGAGCAAGAAGAGGUCUGCGCGGUAUGAUCACAUCCCCCCGGUGCCGCCGCUCCCGAAGAACCUGUCGGCCACCGCGGCGAAGGUAGACCGACGACUGGCGAAGGAGAUGGGCAAGAAACGAGAGGCGCGGGAUCGUGAGAAGGCGCAGGCACAGCCCCAGCAGCAGGCACAGCCUCGACCUCAGAUGCAACCGCAGUCGUUGUUGGGGCAGAGGCUGGAGGCUGUGGAGUUGGGGAAGCGGUCGGGCUCGGGCGGUGCUCAUAGUUUCCAGUGGCCGGAAGAUUUCUUUUGAGUUACAUUUGGCAUGGUUAUGGAUCGAGGAUGCGGCGCUGGGAGUUUUACGUCUGGUUGGUUUGGUCGGGGGUGUUUUGUCUUGGUGUGAAGAUCUGCCGGUCUCCUGAACACCGAUUUGAAUAUGUUACAGGCUUCGAGGGUGAUGUCCCAUUCGCGUAUGAACUGGUCCAACGGACAGGACAGGACGGGGAGUCUUUCCUAUGUGAUUUCCUACUACUACUACUCCCUAAUGAAUGUGACGACGUG